UCAGCUGUCGGCCCUGCCCGAGUGGGGUGCGGCCCCGCCCGGGUCAGCGGUGAUCAGCGUAUGGGGCGGGCAGGUGAGGGGCACGGCUGCCGCCCGAGUUCAGCCCCACAUACUUGGUAUCUGGCUCCUGUUUCCCUCGCAGUUUUGCCCUCAGCUGCCGCGUUGAUCGUUGUCCCGGGCGCUGCCGGGCCGGGGGCGCCGCUGCCGGGCUGAGGGCGCUGCCGGGACGGCGGGCGGCGCCGGGGAGCGCGAGCCGGCGCCGGCACGUGCCGCUUUCGCUGCUGGCGCCCGAGGAGCGGCCGCGCGCCGGCUGCAGCCGCUCCCGCCGCGGCAAAGCCCGUCCCGCUGCGCCGCCCCCGCGCCCGCGCCGCCCGCCGUGCCCCGGUGCCCCCGGCGCUGCCGCCCGCCGCUCCCGCUGCAGGUGCUGGCUAUGAGAGCGUCGGUGCAGGCCGUGGCGCUGUGGGGGAACGCGGCUCCGGCGCACAGCAUCACGGCCGUUAUGAUCACAGACGACCAGCAGACCAUCGUCACAGGAAGUCAAGAAGGACAAAUAUGUCUGUGGGAUCUUUCAUCAGAAUUAAAGAUCUCCUCUAAAGAAAUGCUCUUUGGCCAUACUGCUUCUGUAACCUGUUUGGCAAAAGCAAGAGAGUUUGAGAAACAGCCAUAUGUAGUAAGUGCUACUGAAAAUGGGGAAAUGUGUGUUUGGAAUGUCACUAGUGGACAGUGCAUUGAGAACGCAAAGCUUCCCUAUAGGCAUACAGCAAUCUACUAUUACCACUGCUCGUCCCGAAUGACCGGGGAAGGCUGGCUGCUUUGCUGUGGAGAGUACAGAGACGUCCUUGUUAUCGAUGCCAAGACUCUGAGUGUUCUUCACGCUCUGUCCUCACAGUCUUCCGAUUGGAUAAACUGUAUGUGUAUUGUACACUCUGCAAGAAUUCAAGAAGACUCGCUGGUCGCGGUGUCUGUAACCGGAGUGCUCAAGGUGUGGGACUUGUCUUCAUCUUUCAACAGCAUACAGGAGAGGAGAAGCGUGAGCGAGCGGGAGUCCAGAGCUCUGGGCUGUGUCGGCUGUCGGGCAGUGCGGUUUUGUGCUUACACGGAAAGGCUGCUCCUCGUCGUGUCCUCCGCCUGCUGGCAGGUGUACGAUUACUGUGACUUCUCGCUGCUUUGUGCGGAGUCGUGUGAGAGCGGCCGGCGCUUCGCUGGCGGGGAGGUGCUGGCGGCGCGCAGGCUCCUCGUCUGGACGGAGGACGGCCACAGCUACAUCUACCAGCUGCCGAGCAGUGGGCUUUCCAAAAGCACGUAUCCUGCUGACGCGAGGGCGCUGAAAGAAGCUGUUCAUCCUCACUUACUCUGCUUUACUGCUCUGGGGGAAGAUAAGAGUUUUCCUUUUGUCAUGGGCUUCAUGAAUGAAAGGAAGGAGCCUUUCUACAAGGUUCUCUUUUCUGCUGAAGCCUCAGGAAGGAUCACUCUGUGGCACGUUCCUGAUGUCCCUGUGUCAACGUUUGAUGGGCCACCAAAAGAAAUCCCAAUCACAACAACAUGGACUCUUCAGGAUAAUUUUGAUAAACACCGUUCAAUGUUGGAGAGCCUUAUUGAUCAUUGUGCAACUGACAAUGGAAUUGGAAGUGUAGUUGUCAGUUCAUCUGUGUACAUACCCAGUCUUGAUAGGCUUGUGUGUGGAUGUGAAAAUGGGGACAUUUUUGUAACACCAGGUUUGAAAACUGCAAGAGCAAGACUUCUAGAGAACAGAGCUGUGCUGAAGGAUAGCCUACCUUACAAGGUUCUGAGCGGUCACAGCAGCAGAGUCACCUGUCUGCUGUAUCCACAUGAUAAGUCGGUAAGAUUCGACCCGAGCUGGCUGUUGUCGGGGGGCCAGGACUCCGUGGUGAUCUGCUGGGACGUGUUCGCUGGAGGCGUCCUGCACCGCUUCAGCCUGCAGUCUGGGCCGGUGACCGAGCUCCUGAGGGCUCCGGAGAACUACCGAUUCAGAGACGCCAGCGUGGUGUGCUGCGUGUGCAGCGAUCACUCGGUAGCAGUUUUACACCUGCAGAAGAAAGUGUGUCUCCUGCAUGCCCGAAAGCAUUUGUUUCCUGUGAAGAAGAUCAAAUUCGACCCUGUUGAAAAUCUGCUAAUUGUCGGGUGUGAAGAUGAGUCGGUUUAUAUUUGGGAAGUUGAAACAGGCACGCUGGAACGGCACGAAACGGGCGACACAGCAAAGGCGAUCCUCGCUUGCGUGGGGGAUUCGGAAUACCUGGCGGCAGGAGCUUUCCUUCCUGCGCCUCCGGACUCCAAAAGCAGCAAACACGCGGGGCACAAGCCCUCCAGCUCUUACAAGCACGGUGUGGCGUGUCACGGUCCUGCCCGUACACAGAGAUCGGCUGAUGAGUUACCCGAUGCCGCCUGCACCCAGCAGCCCUUCGCUAUUGCACCAGUUCAAACGAAAUGGAACAACGCGAACUUUCACGUUCUCCUAUUUGAUCUGGAGAAACUUGAGGAAGUUCUGCUGGCAUCUGAACUCAGUGGGCUAAGGACAUCGAAUUCCUUCCACAGCUGCGACGCUCUGGGAAGAGCCAGAAGCGCCACCGAGAAACGGGCGCUGACGUUGAAAAGGAAUAAACCCGCGGGCUCCGUGUGUGCGGCGGCCGGGCAGGGAGACGCUGGCCGUUCAGAGCAGGCCUGUAGGGCUGGUAGCACAGCCGGGCCUCUGGACGAAAGCGGUGCCGUGAAAAGGCAGAAGAAGAUGAAGAGUUCAAGAAAGGUUAGAAUGCAACCAUCAGGAAGCAUUGAUGUGAACGUCGCCAUCGAUACAGCUAAACUGCUGCUGUCGUGUCUCUUACCGUGGGGCGUAGAUAAAGAAAUAGACAAUCUUUGCGUUAGAUACCUGGGUAUCCUGAGGCUCCAGCAUCCUGUUACGUUUGGACUCGUGUCGGGUGAGAACCACCUCUCGCUGGUGUUGCCGGGGUGGAAGCGCGAUCGUGCUGCGCUAGAAGAUCACGCAGUGAUCAACUUGUUCUCAACAAGAGUGCUUGAUUUAGCAAACAAGUACCGUGCUGCGACCGACGGACAAACCGGAAAGAAGGAUGGACACGAGAGAAAUGCCGAUGGAACAAGGGGAUUGGAAACGGUAUUCUUACUUAGCAGGAUAGCCUUAAUCAACAGAGUAAUUAACAUGCCUUCAGCAGUCACAGGUGAAGCUGCAAGUCCACAGAAAUCAGAAUCUGUGCAUGACAAACGGCAAAAUACAGAAGCUCUGACACCUUCAUUCCCCAGAUUUUAUGGAGAGCUACCCAGCGGUGGAGGUCGGUACCGCUCCCCAGACCUCGGAAGCGUCUCGUUGUUCAAACUCGUCCGCUGUUGGAGCGACCAGUCGGUGAAGGUCGCCGAGGCGCUGCAGGCCGCGCUGCUGGCAGAGGCGCAGAGCUCCGCCGUCGCCCCGUGGGACACGCCGAGCGGCGGGCAGCCGGGGGCCCGCAACGGCAGCGUCGGCGCGCUGAAGCGAGACAAGAGCUCGAACGCGGCCAGCCUGCCAGAUGUGGAGGACGUGCCCGACAGAUGUGUCCUGGAGGAGCCCGAGAGUCCAGAUGACAUGAAGCCGCAUCCCUGGAUCUCCAAGGUGUGCUCCUGUAAGGUGUGCUAGAAAACCUGCUUGCCCAAAAGGCUGAGAAGGUGCACCGGAGCAGCCCGGAGCGCCCGUGUGCCGUGGACAUGGAGCGGCUUGUUGUGGUUACCGUCGUACACCUGCAACAAUUCAUUUUCGGAAGUAGCUUUUCCAUAAGAUCAGCUUCUUUUUGCCAGUUUAUUGGCAUCUCUUCGCACUUCCAUGGGUAAUAGAUUUACAAUGAUUCCAUUACAUUUAGAUAGUUCUAUUAACUCUCUAGUUUUAGAAGUUUUUCACUGGUUUACGUGGUGGUCCCAAAUCUUACUAACUUGGAUUCACCAUAAAAGAUUUUCCUCAAUUUUAAUAUUCUUUUACAUACAUGGAAUUUAAAUUUUUCUCUCUCCUUGCUUCUGACCUUUGUUACCAAUAGCAUUUUAACACUGAGCAAAAUCAGAUGAAUUGAAAAUAGUUAGAAUUUUCUUUUGCAUUUCAAGGAAAACUGCACAUCUUGAAUUAAACGUGGAAUAUUUAGAAACUACUAAAAUACAAAUAAUGUUCUGUGCACAGGAAAGCAUGGGGAAUUGAUUAUAAAUAUGCUCAUGUCUAGGGUAUAAAUGUUCAUUUUCUAGAAAAACUGCCAUCACCAUCAUCUAUAGAAAUGUACCACUGUGACGUUGGAGAAACCCAUUGGAGUCCUCCUCCGAAACGAUGCGCUUCAUUGAAUGUCUGUUUGUGCUCAGUGGGAAAAGCAGCUAUAUAUUUUUUACUUUAAAAAAAAUACAUAUAUCGUUAUGUUUGGGGAA